AUGGAAACCGACACUAACAAAUGUCUGAAGAGGAAAAUGGUGGAAUCCAGAGCGUCUGCAGCCCGAGGAUACUGCUUCAUCAUUUGGACUCGUUCACCUCAGCUGACACAUUCAACAGCAGACAGGUUUUUGUAUCAGUCUUUUUCAUUGUGGGAGUCUGGAAAGUGGUACCUCAUCUUUGGCUCUGGAACUAAACUGUAUGUAACAGAUAAGGACGUAGUGAAGCCCGUGGUGAGCGUGUACCCAGCAGCAUCCAGAGCCCACCUGGAGGGGAAGACCUCCCUGCUGUGUCUGGCCUCAGGCAUGUUUCCUCCUCUGGUCCAGUUCUCCUGGAAAAGACCGAAGAAGGAUGGUUCUCUGGAGGAGCUGCCCUCUGCUGAGGGAGAGCAGCUGGAGCUCAGAGAGUUGGGACGCACCACCUCCAUCUUGCUGGUCCAUCAGCCAGAGAACAGCACAUAUAAAUACCACUGCUACGUCAAGCACGAGUGGGGCACAGUGGAGGCCCAAAUACAACAAGUGGUUCCCCUGGAUCCUCUCCAGCCUCAGUGCAGGGUGAAGCUGCUCUGUCUGCUCUACACAGUGCUGAUAGUGAAGAGUCUGGUGUACUGUUAUGGAUUCUUCAUGGUGAUGAUCCUCAGAAACUAGGGACCAUCCACCAACUGCACACAUGCUGACUGACUGUUUCUGCUCACCUUUUCUCUCCAUCUAAUCUCAUCACUUCAUCUUAUUCAUUCAUUGCUCAGCAGUCAGACAUCCGCAGUUUAGAUACAGUCAUCCUAAAAAUAAAAAGUACAUUCAUCACACAUAUAUUUUUAAUUACUACUUGUAGACUCUGUAUCAUAGAUUGAUUCUAAUACUCUAUAUCAUCUUGUAAUUGUGAUCUGUAUAUGACUGGAAAUGAUGCUGAAUCCUUAGUUGUCCAGUAAAUUUUGUUUUGUUCAUAAUAUCUUUUCUAUUCUUAUUUUUCUUUUUGAUACAUCCUGCAGAGUGUGGCUGGUCUGUCAGAUUCAGUCAAUGUAACAUUCUCAAUAUAUUGAAAAAUCACAGUGUCUGUUUAUUAUAAAUAUUCUUGUUUAAAAUAAAUCUGGUUUUAGAUCAAAUAAUUAGAAUCAACUCAAAAUGGAAUAUAUUGGCCAGAUAUUUUGACAGUACUGUUUUUGACUCAGUAUAAUUAAAUAAAGUGCCAAGAACAAAUUUGGAGGAAGAUACAAAUAUCAGCAUACAGCUUAACUAAGAAAACAAAGUCAAACCAAGAAAAGCAAACAGAAACAUUCAGCUUUCAUACACAGUCAAUUAGGUGUGGGUGUGGAUGUGCUGAAAGCACAAGUGUUGUGUGUACUGAUCAUUUAACUUGAACAUUAAUCAUCUUUUACAACUGACUCAGUGAGAAUGUCAAACUCUACGCUGAUGAAACUGUUGUUUACACACACAAAGUUAUUCAAAAUCCAUCUAAGAUUAGAUAUAUGACAUUAUUUACAAAAAAAUGAUAUUAUGUAAAAAAUACAACAAUAUUUAAAAGCUACUGAAAGUAUAUAUAAAGAUACAUAUAUAGUAGCCUGCCAUUUACAAGCUCCAGUUUAGCAAGAUGGCGGCGCGCACGGACGCUGCAGCUCGAGACUCCCUAUUUCUGUGCACUAUUUUGUGUUUUUUCCUGUGUUUAUUCUCGUGGUUUGUCAGGCUAUGUGACGCUCACAUAGCCUACAGCAGACAGAGCAUGAUUGACAUCGGACUUCAACACUUCAACACUUCAACACUUGUAACUUCAGUUCAACACUGAAGUUACAAGUGCUUUCACAUGGACACACAACAUCCCACGGGAGAUAGCCAGACCACUGGGAGCUCCAUGGAUUGUUGUCUGGCCCUACAGACGAUGGAGGCAGCACAGAGAGAGGAAGCAAAAACGGGGAUGCACAAACCUCCGCUACCGUCCAUGUUCCUCUCAAACGCCAGAUCCCUCGUAAACAAGAUGGACGAGCUACAAUCACAGAUAGCCAUGUCUGUCCAGUGUAGACCGUUCUACCUGCCUCGGGAGCUCACAGUGGUCAUUGUUACUGCUGUCUACAUCCCGCCGGAUGCUAACGUUAGCUCAGCACUAAGUCACCUUGAAGACAUUAUAAACAAACAACAGAGGAAUCAUCCUGAUGGCGUCCACAUCAUCGUGGGGGAUUUUAACCAAGCAUGCUUAAGGAAUGUACUCCCCAAAUUCCACCAGCAUGUCAAAUGUCCUACCAGGGGGAAAGGACACUUGAUCACGUAUAUUCCAACAUUAAGCAUGCUUACAGAGCGACCCCCCUCCCCCACCUAGGACAAUCCCACUCGCAAACAAACACUGACCAUACCCCCCACCCUGCUCCCCUCACCCCACCAACACCACACCUCACACACACAAACACACACACACACACAGAGCUAAGGACACUAUCCAUCCACCUUGCACCUUAAGUGUCCUAGACCUUCUUGCACAAUCGUGUGCUGUUGUGUGUGUGUAAAUUGUGUAAACAUUAGUGUAAAUUUUGUAUUUUUAGUAUUUUUGUAUUACUUGUAUUAUUUGUGUACAUUUCGUAUUUCUUUUUGUAUAUAAUUUUGUCUAUAGUGCACUGUUUGUCUUCGUGGAGCACCCACAAUUUUGUUGUACUUAACUGUACAGUGACAAUAAAGCCUAUUCUAUUCUAUUCUA